CCGGAAGGGAAGUGGAAGGAAGGAAGGAAGACCUGCCUGCCUGCCCGGGCCUGACUUUGCAAAGGGAUCCCGGGGGAAGCUGCACGCUCUGCUGCCGGCGGGGCAGGAGGGGCCGAAGGAAAGAGCAGCAGCCGGGCCUCCUGCAACCCUCCCCCGUUGCAAAAGCUGCGGCAGCCUCUCCCGGCGGGGCCGGAGCAAGGAAGGCCGGUCAAGUGACUCAAGGCAUCUCUAUCCAGUCGGAGGUGACCCAAGAGAAGGGGAGGGAGAUGGAAGAGCAGGACCCAGAAGGAGCUGCAGCUGGCAAGACAGCAAGCAAAGGCCCCCCUCCCACCCAAGCUGGGAGUGGUGGUGAAGUCUGGGAAAGCCCCGUGCCAGAGACACCUUCUCAGGUCACGGAGAUCUCAGAGGUGCAUGGCCAACACUUCCGGCAGUUCCAGUACCAUGAGGCUGGUGGGCCCCGAGAGGUUUGCAGCUGGCUCCAUCGACUCUGCAGCCACUGGCUGAAGCCAGAGAGGAACUCCAAGAAGCAGAUGGUGGACCUGGUGAUCCUGGAGAGGUUCCUAGCCCUCCUGCCCCAGGAAAUGCAGCGCUGGGUCAGGGAAUGUGGGCCGGAGACCAGUUCCCAGGCGGUGGCCUUGGCCGAAGGCUUCCUCCUGAGUCAGGCCGAGGAGAAGAGGCAGGCAGAGCAGAUGUGGGGACCAUCCUUGGAGAGAGAAGCUCCAUUCCCUGAGGCAGAACUAGGUUCCCUGCAGGAGGGGCAGAGGGCGCAGGCCCAGGAGGGUGCCCAAGAUGCCCUCUCUUGUGGCAGUGGAGAGAUGCUGAUCCAUCAUCUUUCGAGAGGUGUGGAAACAGCCGCUUUACCUCUAGUCCAGUGCCCCUUUUGCUUUGAGGAGGUGUCUGUCCAUUUCACUACAGCAGAAUGGGACCUGCUGGAUCCAGACCAGAAAACCCUCUACAGGGAAGUCAUGCAGGAGAACUAUUGGAGCGUCAUCUCUCUGGAAGACAGAAGUAUAAGAGAGGCUUUGGUGGAGAAAGACAACAUCCUCACAUCCGAAGGAAUGCUGGAGAGUUUCUCAAGGGGAUCCCAAGAACAGGUUUCCUUCCGAAAUGAGCUGGCUGAGAAGGAUGAUCAGAGAAACGAGGAGGGUGAGGAAUUUGAGCAGCAGUUGCCAGAUGGAGUUCAAGACUUGGAAGAAAACAGUCGAAAUCAAGGAAGACCUAAGAGAAAGAAAGGCAGCUGUAUGGAUGAGAAGAGAAAAGGAAAAAGGCUUAAUGCACAUUUUCCAAAAAAGAGAAUAAUUAAGACAUGUACAUCCACUCAGUGUAGCAAGUACUUCAAAAAUAGAUCACAGCUACUUGUGCACCAAAGAGUAAACAGAGGCAAGAAACCUUUUGAAUGUUCAAAGCAUGGAAAAAGAUUCAGUCACAGUGGCACUCUUCAACUGCAUCAGAGAACUCACACAGGGGAGAAACCUUUUGAAUGUUCACAGUGUGGAAAGAGAUUCCGUCAGAGUGGCCAUCUUCAACUGCAUCAGAGAACCCACACAGGGGAGAAACCUUUUCAAUGCUCAGAGUGUGGAAAGAGAUUCAGUCAGAGUGGCCAUCUUCAACUGCAUCAAAGAAUCCACACAGGGGAGAAACCUUUUGAAUGUUCAGAAUGUGGGAAGAGAUUCGGUCUCAGUGGCACUCUGCAUCAGAGAACCCACACAGGGGAAAAACCUUUUGAAUGCUCAGAGUGUGGAAAGAGAUUCAGUGACUCUAGCAGUCUUCGACGGCAUCUAAGAACGCACACAGGGGAGAAAGCUUUUGAAUGUUCAGAAUGUGGGAAGAGAUUCAGUCGGAGUGGCCAUCUUCAUCGGCAUCAGAGAACCCACACAGGGAAGAAACCUUUUGACUGCUCAGAGUGUGGAAAGAGAUUCAGUCAGAAUGACCAUCUACAACUGCAUCAGAGAACCCACACAGGGGGAAAACCUUUUGAAUGCUCAGAGUGUGGAAAGAGAUUCAGUGACUCUAGCAGUCUUCGACGGCAUCUAAGAAUUCACACAGGAGAGAAACCUUUUGCAUGUUCAGAAUGUGGGAAGAGAUUCGGUCUCAGUGGCACUCUAAAACUGCAUCAGAGAACCCACACAGGAGAGAAACCUUUUGAAUGCUCAGAGUGUGGAAAGAGAUUCAGUGACUCUAGCAGUCUUCGAAAGCAUCUAAGAAUGCACACAGGGGAGAAACCUUUUGAAUGUUCAGAAUGUGGGAAGAGAUUCAGUCUCAGUGGCCAUCUUCAACUGCAUCAAAGAAUCCACACAGGAGAGAAACCUUUUGAAUGCUCAGAGUGUGGAAAGAGAUUCAGUGACUCUAGCAGUCUUCGAAAGCAUCUAAGAAUGCACACAGGGGGGAAACCUUUUGAAUGUUCAGAAUGUGGGAAGAGAUUCGGUCUCAGUGGCACUCUAAAACUGCAUCAGAGAACCCACACAGGAGAGAAACCUUUUGAAUGCUCAGAGUGUGGAAAGAGAUUCAGUGACUCUAGCAAUCUUCGAAAGCAUCUAAGAAUGCACACAGGAGAGAAACCUUUUGAAUGCUCAGAGUGUGGAAAGAGAUUCAGUCAGAGUGGCCAUCUUCAACUGCAUCAAAGAAUUCACACAGGGGAGAAACCUUUUGAAUGCUCAGAGUGUGGAAAGAGAUUCAGUGACUCUAGCAGUCUUCGACGGCAUCUAAGAAUUCACACAGGGGAGAAACCUUUUGAAUGUUAAGA